GAGGGGAGAAUGUGCAAUCAGUUCUUCCGACUGGUCAGAAGAUUACACCAGCAGUUUGAAAGCUACAAGGAGCAGAUCAGGAAGAUCGGCGACGACGCACGUCACUACCAGGGGGAGCAUAAGGAUGACGCACCCACCUGCGGGAUCUGCCUCAAAACCAAGUUUGCGGAUGGCUGCGGCCACUUCUGUUCUUACUGCCAGACCAAGUUCUGCGCUCGGUGCGGGGGACGGGUCACUCUGCGCUCCAACAACGAGGACAAAGUGGUUAUGUGGGUUUGCAAUUUGUGCCGCAAACAGCAGGAGAUACUGACGAAGUCCGGAGCCUGGUUUAUUGCUAGUGGAACGCCCCAGCCCGCUAGCCAGGAUGGGGCUCUGAGCGAUACCGCGACGGGGGGGAGAUCAGACGCUCCCAGAGAGAAGAAGGCCCGGCUACAGGAACGUUCUCGUUCCCAGACUCCGCUCAGCACAGCCACGGUCAACCCAGAGGCUACCCCAGCCGACAAGACCCGCGUGUCGGAGCUCGCUCGCCAGGAGAUGGGUUUCGAUCAGAAACAGAACCCGGCUCGAUCCCGGAGUGAACCCCCCAGAGACAGGAAAAAGAGCACGGCGGUUUCGGAGCAGAAUGGCAAGGCUCCGGCAGUGAAGGGUGAGCGCAGGAGGUCCGCCAAGCCCCAGUCACCACACGAGGAGCGAUCGCCGGGCGAGCGGGAGCACAGGGAGCGCCGGGAGAGCCGGCGUCUCGAGAAGGGACGUUCCCAGGAUUCCCAGGACCCGGGCGGGCGGCCGGUGGAGGGGACGGCAGAGCCGGGGGAGGAGGACGAGGAGAGGCAGAGGAAGGCCGAGGAGUACCAGAACCGCUACAAGAGCGACCCCAACCUGGCCCGCUACCCCGUCAAGCCCCAGCCCGAAGAGCAGCAGAUGCGGAUGCAUGUCAAGGUCUCCCGCGCCCGGCACGAGCGCAGGCACAGCGACGCCUCGCUGCCAAGCACUGAGGUGCCCGAUGAGGGACAGGGGCCGGACAACCGGCGGUGGACUCAUCCCCCCGAGGCAACCUUGGAGGGGCAGGGCACGGCACCCAGCAGCCCACGCCACCCUCACCCCCACCCCGCCAACCACAGCCCCCCCACCCCUAGGCGCAGCCCGGUGCCCUCCGAGCACUCGGAGACCAGGGGGCAAAAUGAUGCUCACUGGAGGCAGUGCCACCUGGACCCCAGCUCGGCCGCCGUGCAGCGCGCCAAGCGGGAGAAGAGCGAGACCAUGCUCCGCAACGACUCUCUCAGCUCCGACCAGUCGGAGUCAGUGCGGCCCCCGCCCCCCAAGCCGCACAAGACGAAGCGGGCACUGGGCAAGAAGCGGCAGAUGUCCGUCAGCAGCUCGGAGGACGAGGGGGCUUCCACCCCGGAGUACACCAGCUGUGAGGACGUGGAGAUCGAGAGCGAGAGCGUCAGCGAGAAAGGUGAUCUGGAUUACUAUUGGCUGGACCCGGCCACCUGGCACAGCAGCGAGAGCUUCCCCAUCAGUUCGCAUCCUGUUACAUGGCAGCCAUCCAAAGAAGGGGAUCGUCUGAUUGGACGCAUCAUCUUAAACAAGAGGACCAGUAUGCCCAAAGAAUCCGGCUCCUUGUUGGGGUUAAAGGUGGUUGGAGGGAAAAUGACCGACGUGGGGAGACUAGGAGCCUUUAUCACCAAAGUAAAAAAGGGUAGCUUGGCCGAUAUCAUUGGACAUUUGAGAGCUGGUGACGAGGUGCUGGAGUGGAAUGGCAAGCCGUUGCCGGGGGCGACCAACGAAGAAGUUUACAACAUCAUUUUGGAAUCGAAAUCGGAACCUCAGGUUGAAAUCGUCGUUUCAAGGCCGAUAGGCGACAUUCCCAGAAUUCCAGAGAGUUCUCAUCCGCCAUUGGAAUCAAGUUCCAGUUCCUUCGAGUCCCAGAAGAUGGAACGGCCAUCAAUUUCAGUCAUUUCUCCCACCAGCCCUGGCACCCUGAAAGAUGCCCCUCAGGUCUUACCUGGACAGCUCUCAGUAAAGCUCUGGUAUGACAAGGUGGGGCACCAGCUGAUAGUUAAUGUUUUACAAGCCACCGACCUGCCUUGCCGAGAGGAGGGACGGCCUCGAAAUCCUUACGUGAAAAUGUACUUUCUCCCAGACAGGAGUGACAAGAGCAAGCGAAGGACCAAAACUGUAAAGAAAAGUUUGGAGCCCAAAUGGAAUCAGACCUUUCUCUAUUCCCACGUCCAUCGGAGGGAUUUCCGGGAGCGGAUGCUGGAGAUCACCCUCUGGGACCAGCCUCGGGUACAGGAGGAGGAAAGCGAAUUUCUCGGAGAGAUCCUGAUUGAGUUGGAGACGGCGCUACUUGAUGACGAGCCACACUGGUACAAGCUUCAAACCCACGACGUGUCCUCACUACCUCUGCCUCAGCCAUCGCCAUACAUGCCACGGCGGCACGUCCACAGCGACAGCCCCAGUAAACGACUGCAAAGGUCUCAGCGAGUUGGUGAUAGUGGCGGCUCAGAGUAUGAUGUUGAUGAUACUAUUGGCGUGAUGACCACAGAUUACAGGGCGAGCAGUAGAGAGAGCAGGUCGAGCACAUUAACAGUGCCGGAGCAACAGAGACUCCCCCACCAUCGUUCCCGCUCUGUCUCCCCUCACCGCGGUGAUGGCCAGGGCAGGAACCGCUCACGUUUACCCAGUGUCCCCCUCCAGAGGAGUUUAGAUGAAAUCCACCAAAGCCGGCGUUCCCGAUCCCCCACUCUGUAUGAAGACGGCUCCUGCAGCCCAGUAGAGCACAUGUCCAGGGACUCGGACAGUCGGUACUCAUCGUAUGAUCCAGACAGUGAGCUCCUUAUGCUACCCAAGGCAAAGCGUGGAAGAAGUGUGGAGUGUUUGCACACAUCCAGAAAUGUCCUUAGCUACGGUAGGACCUUGCCUCCCAAGAUGCCAUUGUUAAUGAAUGGCAUUCACCGAGAUGUUUACAGCUCCACCUUGCCUGCCUGCAUUAAGUCCCGCUCCGCACGUAGGCAGGACACUGCCCUGACUCGGGACUCACGAAUACUGUCCUUUACAGAACUCUUGGUUAGUGAAAUGCAGCACUCCCUUGACAGAGCUAAGAGUGCUAGCACCAACUGCUUGAGACCUGACACUAGUUUACAGUCACCAGAACGAGAAAGGACCUUGGAGAGGUCCGGCAGCCACAAGCAGGGUAGAAAGUGCACCGCGUCUGGGACUGAAAGCAUGCCGGAGUUGAGCCGAACUGGGAGCCGGGACAGGAAGGCUGGCCAGCAAUCGACAAGGGCACACCAACAAGGGAGUUCAGUCCAGUCAUCGCCAACAGGGACCCCGGUCUCUGGCCGCAGGGGAAGACAGCUCCCACAGGUUCCGAGCAAAAGCAGUGUGGACCAAGUCAGCCGAGCAGCAGAGCAGCGGGCGAAACAGAUGAAGAUGAAAAUGCAUCCCAACAAACAGUGCAUGGGCUCAGGGUCCAGCCAAGAGCAGGAGCGAGAGCAAUACAUCAAGCAUCUACCCUACAAGGACCAGAGUAGAAGCAUUGACAACGUCUCCAUGAAGUCAUCGGACAGUGAUGUCAGCGAUGUCUCAGCCAUUUCCAGAACCAGCAGUGCCUCACGCCUCAGCAGCACAAGCUACAUGUCUGUCCAGUCAGAACGGCCGAGGGGGAGCCGUAAGAUCAGCGCCUUCACCACGAGGAUGCACAGCAGGCAGAUGGGGGCUCCGGGCAGGAAUAUCAUCAAGAGCACCAGCGUGAGCGAGGAGAUGUACAGCCUGGAGAACAACGACGGCAGCCAGUCAGACACGGCCGUGGGCACCGUGGGCACCAGCGGCAAGAAGAGGAGGUCCAGUCUGGGUGCCAAGAUGGUGGCCAUCGUCGGGCUGAGCAGGAGAAGCAGGAGCACGUCACAGCUGACACAGACUGAAGCUGGGGGCAAGAAAUCUAAAAAUGCCAUCCAGAGAAGCACGGAGACGGGCAUGGCCGUGGAGAUGCGCCGUAUGACUCGCCAGGCCAGCCGAGAGUCCACCGAUGGCAGCAUGAACAGCUACAGCUCUGAGGGAAAUUUGUUCCCUGGGAUGAGGCUGGGAGCUGACAGCCAGUUCAGUGAUUUCCUCGAUGGGCUCGGACCUGCACAACUGGUGGGGAGACAGACCCUAGCGACUCCGGCCAUGGGUGACAUACAGAUCGGGAUGGUGGACCGCAAAGGGCAGCUGGAGGUUGAGGUUAUCCGCGCACGAGGCCUGACUCAAAAACCGGGCUCCAAAUCUCUUCCUGCCCCUUACGUCAAAGUGUACCUGCUGGAGAAUGGAGCGUGUAUAGCCAAAAAGAAGACAAAAAUUGCACGGAAAACACUCGAUCCACUCUAUCAACAAUCACUGCUGUUUGAAGAGAGUCCACAGGGGAAAGUCCUACAGGUGAUCGUUUGGGGAGACUAUGGCCGAAUGGACCACAAGUGUUUUAUGGGAGUAGCACAGAUCCUGCUGGAAGAGCUUGACCUGUCCAGCAUGGUGAUCGGUUGGUACAAACUGUUUCCAACGUCCUCAUUAGUGGACUCUACCCUGACACCCCUGACUCGUAGAGCUUCCCAGUCCUCUCUGGAGAGCUCCACCGGAGCUCCCUGCAUCCGGUCUUAGUCAACCAAACACUCCCGUCCGUAAAGGAUUCAGUGACCCAAGGAGAGAGAACAAUUUCAGACGCUGACGAUAAUACGAUCAAAAAACCACUGCUGGAGCCAGACAAUCACUCCUGUUUUUUGCCAAUAGCACUGUUUCUCGGAGAAAACAAAAUAAUAGGGCUUCAAAAAAAAAGUAUAUAUAUGUAAGUCUUAUAUGUAUGCUGGCAUGAAUUGGCAAAUCCCGCACUACACCCGACUUCUUGAACAGAAGGUGAUGUCUCGAUGAGAGUACACUUAUGUUUUGAGACGAGAACUAAAAUAAUUGAGAA